AAACAGAGCGGGCAAGCCUGAACGGUCCGUCAGAGUGACGUCAUCGGCAAGCGCCUACGACGGGGAGAGGCCGCGAUGCCAGAGCUGGAAACGGUGUUGGGGAAGCGCGAGCUCCUCUUUGAGGAAGAAGAUCUGCAGUAUGAGGAAGAGAUCUUGCGGAAUCCCUUCUCUGUCAAAUGCUGGAUCCGUUACAUUGAAUUCAAGCAGAAUUCUUCCAAGAAUGUCUUGAAUCUAAUCUAUGAGAGAGCUCUUAAAGAGUUGCCAGGCAGCUACAAGCUAUGGUAUAAUUACCUUAAGCAGCGGCGGAAACAAGUGAAGAGCAGGUGUGUCACGGACCCCAGCUAUGAAGAGGUGAACAAUUGUCAUGAGCGGGCUCUUGUCUUCAUGCAUAAGAUGCCUCGGAUAUGGCUAGAUUAUUGCCAGUUUCUCAUGGACCAGUGUCGGAUCACCCGCACACGCAGGACCUUUGACCGGGCACUCCGGGCUCUGCCUAUUACACAACAUCAUCGCAUCUGGCCACUCUACCUGAAGUUUGUGCGUCUGUAUCCAUUACCUGAGACAGCUGUACGGGUCUACCGCAGAUAUCUGAAACUGAGCCCAGAGAACGCAGAGGAAUAUAUUGAGUAUCUGCACUCCAUCGACCGGCUGGAUGAGGCUGCCGUCCGCCUUGCUGCAGUGGUAAAUGAUGAACGCUUUGUCUCCAAGGAAGGGAAAUCCAACUAUCAGCUGUGGCAUGAGCUGUGUGACCUCAUCUCACAGAAUCCAGACAAGGUCAAGUCUCUUAAUGUGGGGGCCAUCAUCCGGGGUGGCCUGACCCGUUUCACAGACCAACUGGGCAAGCUGUGGUGUUCCCUGGCAGACUAUUACAUUCGCAGUGGGCAUUUUGAGAAGGCUCGAGACGUGUAUGAAGAAGCGAUACAGACGGUGAUGACAGUGCGGGAUUUCACUCAGGUGUUUGACAGCUACGCCCAGUUUGAGGAAAGUAUGAUCGCUGCUAAGAUGGAGACACAGUCUGAGAUGGGCCGUGAGGAGGAAGAUGACGUGGACCUGGAGCUGCGCCUGGCUCGUUUCGAGCAGCUGAUCACACGCCGGCCCCUGCUCCUCAACAGUGUCCUGCUGCGUCAGAAUCCUCACAACGUUCACGAGUGGCACAAGCGGGUGAAACUGUAUGAAGGCAAACCCCGGGAGAUAAUCAACACAUACACAGAAGCUGUGCAGACUGUUGACCCUUUUAAAGCCACUGGAAAGACUCACACCCUGUGGGUUGCGUUUGCCAAGUUCUAUGAAGUUAACGGACAGAUAGAAGAUGCCAGAACCAUUUUUGAAAAGGCCAACAAGGUGAACUUCAAGCAAGUGGACGAGUUGGCCAGCGUGUGGUGCGAGUAUGGCGAGAUGGAGUUACGACACGAGAAUUAUGACCAGGCACUGCGCAUUCUGCGGAAAGCCACAGCUAUCCCGGCUAAGAAGGCAGAGUAUUUUGAUUCCUCGGAACCUGUGCAGAACCGUGUAUACAAGUCCCUCAAAGUUUGGUCCAUGCUGGCUGAUCUGGAGGAAAGUCUAGGCACCUUCAAAUCUACUAAAGCUGUGUAUGACCGCAUUCUGGACCUGCGCAUCGCCACCCCUCAAAUCAUCAUUAACUAUGGUCUCUUCCUGGAAGAGCACAGCUACUUCGAGGAAAGCUUCAAGGCAUAUGAGAGGGGCAUCUCCUUGUUCAAAUGGCCAAAUGUAUAUGACAUCUGGAACACCUACCUAACUAAGUUCAUUGACCGCUAUGGUGGCAAGAAGCUGGAGCGUGCUCGAGACCUCUUUGAACAAGCACUGGAUGGCUGUCCCCAGAAAUAUGCUAAAACUAUCUACCUGUUGUAUGCCAAGCUGGAGGAAGAAUAUGGGCUGGCACGUCAUGCCAUGGCAGUGUAUGAGCGGGCCACUCAGGCUGUGCAGCCCUCAGAGCAGUAUGAUAUGUACAACAUCUACAUCAAGAGAGCAGCUGAAAUCUAUGGAGUCACGCACACCCGUAGCAUCUAUGAGAAGGCCAUUGAGGUUCUGUCAGAUGAGCAUGCCCGGGAGAUGUGUCUCCGGUUUGCCGACAUGGAGUGCAAGCUUGGUGAAAUAGAUCGAGCUCGUGCUAUUUACUCCUACUGUUCACAGAUGUGUGAUCCCCGGACCACUGCUAACUUCUGGCAGACAUGGAAGGAGUUUGAGAUCCGGCAUGGGAAUGAAGACACUAUACGAGAGAUGCUGCGCAUUAAACGAAGCGUGCAGGCCACCUACAAUACCCAAGUCAACUUCAUGGCUUCCCAGAUGUUGAAAGUUUACAGCAACUCUACAGGGACAGUGUCUGACUUAGCACCCGGGCAGAGUGGCAUGGAUGACAUGAAGCUUUUAGAGCAGCGAGCGGAGCAGCUUGCAGCUGAAGCAGAGCGAGAUCAGCCUCGAGCUAAGGAGAAGAUCCUGUUUGUCAGGAGUGAUGCAUCCCGUAGUGAGUUGGCUGAACUCUCCCGCCAGGCCAACCCUGAUGAGAUAGAUAUUGACUUGGAUGAAGAUGGAAAUGAGAGUGAGGAUAAUGAGCCUGACGAGGUCCAGCUGGAACAGAAGAGUGUCCCUUCUGCUGUGUUUGGAGGCCUCAGGGAUGACUGAACGGGACACUGCACAAGCAAGGGCUUCUCCGGGAUCACUCAUGCUCACUGUUUAGUUCCUACUAUUUUUUGUUGCAACCUUUUUUCAGUCUGGCAAGUUACUAUUUAUAAAACAAUAUAUCUAA